CUCGGAGUCUGAGCAAGGCUGCAUUGCGGCCUCCCCCGGCGCGGGCGCGCGCCCGGCCCAGUAAACCGCUGCCCCGCAAUUCGACCGGCUGCCGGAACUCCGCCACGAGUAGCAUGCGGCGGCUUCUCCUGGUUGCGCAUGUCGCCUGCGGCAGCGCCUUCAUGUCCAAGCCGAGAUCGGCAGCCUCCGUGGCGCUGCGGGCAGCCAAGGCGAGGGCCAAGCGCAAGGGCUUCGGCGGCGCCGCGCCGCCCCCGGCACCGACCGCCGGCCCCCGCGCGCGCUGGGCCGAGGGUCCGCCGGACGCGGCGCUCGAGGCGCGGCUCGACGCCCUGGAGGAUUCUUCGAUCGUCGACGUGCUCAACCCCGCGGUCCUCGACGGCCUCGAGGACGUCCGGGAAAAGCUGCGGGCCGGCGAGGUGGUCAUCCUGCGGGACGCCUUCCGGCCGGACUUCGCCGAGGCCUGCUACCGCGAGCUCGCGUCGAGGCACGCGCCGUGGUCCGCGAACGAGGAUUAUUUUGAGGACGGCUACGGCUACCGCCACCUCAACGUCUACGACCGGGCGCUCUGGAGCCGGCGCCUGAACGCGACCUUCGCCGUCUUCGACCACGCGGAGACGAAGGCCUGGGUCUCGGCGCUCGCGGAGCGCGACUGCGGCGGCGCGUGCACGGGCGCGCCGAGCAAGUACCGCGCGGGCGACCACUCGCUGCCGCACACGGACUGGGUCGGCCAACGGACGGUCGCCUACGUCUGGCACCUCUCCAAGGCGUGGCGGCCCGAGUGGGGCGGCGCGCUCUACUGGGCGCAGAACGACCACGACGAGGCGACGUACCCGGCGUCGUUCAACCAGCUCUGCCUCUUCAGCGUGACGACGACGUCGGCGCACUUUGUCACGACGGUCAGCCCGCGCGCGGAGCGGCUGAGAUUAACGUUCAACGGCUGGUGGCAGUCGUCAUGGUGGCCGCGGGAUGAGUCGCACCCUGUGUGGAAAUCAACCAGUGUGUCGGGUGCACGCGGCCGACCUGGCUCGGUCGAGCUGCGAGGAACCGGCAUCGCCACGCCAUCGAGCAGGCAUCGUGUCGAUGGCGUGGAGGUUGACGCGAAGAUUCAGCGCGAACGCGCCGUAAAAUUUUGAUUUCCACACAGGCCCCGCCUCGAUGCGACGCUGGAGGAUCCGGUGGCGCGGAGCAAGCUGACGCACUCGCAGAAGCAGAGCAUCGCGGACAUGCUCGCCGACCCGUGGCAGAACCUCGGGCCGGAGCGCCACGCGCGCCUGCUGUCGUUGAGUGAAAUGUGAACUCGCGUGUGUGUUGUUGUCCGUCGAACCCCCGUCGAACCUCCGUCGUCCCCCCGUCGCAACAAUUCUUAUCUCCAUCGAAUCAUGAUCGAUCGCAUGUAUCCGUGUGUGCUUAACAACCGUUGAAUCGAAUGUACAACACACAGCC